UCAGUCGGCGGUUUAGCGCGACAUCAGUCUCAUGGCACAUGCUUGCAGCCAUGAGCAGUAAAGAUCAUUAGUACUGGCCGUAAUCUAUUCUUUCGUUUUCCACAAAAACGCAUCAACUAAGCAUAAUUUUAUCAAUAUUAGAGCUGAAGGGAAUUAAACUAAACAAUUACGAAAUGAGUUUCAACAAAAUUAAAGAAGUUAUAGAAGAUGGAGAUAUUGUUAUUUUAUAUUUAAAUCCAAACAACAUGCAUCCUCUGGAAGUAAAAGCGAAAAUUUCCAAUAAAAAGGGCAAAAUCGUAGACAAUGUGUUCAACACUACAUACGGUGCAUUAAGAGUCAUAUCACUCAUCGGCCAAAAAUAUGGUUCAAAAGUCGAGUUGACUCGAGGCUGGGCAUAUGUGUUGCAGCCAACGCCAGAACUUUGGACGCUGAUACUACCUCAUAGAACUCAAAUUAUCUAUAGUCCAGAUAUAAGUUUUAUUAUACAUUUAAUGGAACUUAGACCUGGAAGUACAGUAAUUGAAACAGGUACUGGUAGUGGCUCUUUAUCUCACGCAUUAAUUCGAGCGAUACGUCCAAGUGGCCAUUUGUAUACCUUUGAUUUUCAUGAACAACGUGUAUCUAUUGCUAGCACAGAAUUUAAAAAACAUGGUUUGAGUGAUUUUGUAACUUUGAAAGAAAAGGAUGUUUGCUUAGAAGGAUUUGGAGAAGAAUUGAAACAUAAAGUCGAUGCAGUGUUUCUAGAUCUUCCACAUCCAUGGUUAGCUGUAGAGCAUGCUACAGUUGCUCUAAAAAAAGCAGGUGGAAAACUUUGUUUCUUUUCUCCUUGUAUCGAACAAGUUCAACGUACUUGUAUAAAACUAAUUUGUGAAGGAUUUAUAGAAUUACAUACAUACGAAUGUUUGCAAAGAGAAAUGAACGUUCAGUACAAACUUUUGCCAAUAUUAGAUUUGGAAUGUUUGAAACACAAGCACACAACUGAAGAUAUUCACAAGAACGGAAAAGAAAAACAAGAAGAAAAACUUCUUACAGUUACUCACUCUCAUUCAUUACCUGGCCAUACAGGCUUCAUUACGAUUGCUAUUCUACCUCCUAGUUAUGCACGCAAAAAAGAAAUACAUUUACAGUGUAGAAAUUCAGAUAAAUGAAUAAACGAUUGUAGAAUACUGCAAUG